GAAUGGGGAGGCAGGCAGCCCGGGCUGGCUUGGGGCGGAGCCCCAGGUUGGGGAGGAGCGGGUUUUUCCCGUCUCCCAUGAGGUGAUUCUGGGAGAGUUCAGACUUUGCGGCCCUCUUGCUCUGCCUGCCAUAGAUACUUCCAGCGGAGACAUUUCCAGAGGGGCUGCCUGGCCCACGGGGCGCUUUGGAAACUCCACCCCAGCUCACACCCCUCUGCUUCCCAGCCCUCAGCAGGGUCUGCCCCAUGUGAUGAAAGUGUCCACUCUCAGGGCGAGCACAGUCAUGGCUUCCCCAUCGCCCCGGGAGCUGGAGGAGGAGCUGGUGCCUUCUGGCUCUGAGCCAGGUGACUCUCGGGCCAAACCGCCUGUCAAGCCCAAACCCCGGGCGCUGCCCACCAAGCCAGCCCUGCCUGCCAAGCCUAGCCUGCUGGUGCCUGUUGGGCCUCGGCCCCCUCGAGGUCCCCUAGCUGAGCUGCCUUCUGCCCGGAAGAUGAACAUGCUGGCAGGACCCCAGCCCUACGGUGGCAGCAAACGCCCCCUUCCCUUUGCACCAAGGCCAAUGGCUGAAACCUCCACUGGAGGAGAAGCCACCCAGGAGACUGGGAAAGAGGAGACUGGGAAGGAGGAGGCUGGGAAGGAGGAGUUGCCUCCUUUGACGCCCCCAGCUCGCUGUGCUGCCCCAGGGGGUGUGCGGAAGGCCCCUGCCCCCUUUCGUCCAGCUUCUGAACGCUUUACGGCCACCACAGUGGAAGAGAUUCUAGCUAAGAUGGAGCAGCCUCGGAAGGAGGUCCCUGCUAGCCCGGACCGCCUUUGGGGUUCUCGCCUCACCUUUAACCACGAUGGCAGCUCACGGUAUGGCCCCAGGACCUAUGGCAUGGCCACUGGUCCCAGGGAUGAGGAUGGCAGGACCCUUUCCAGAGGAUGGUCCCAGGAGGGGCCAGCAAAGUCUCCAGCAGAGUGCCAAGAAGAACACAGCAAGACCCUUGAGAAGAGGAGCCCUCUUUCUGACCUGGCCUUCAAUGGGGACCUGGCGAAGCCUGCCAGCUCUGAGCCUCCCACUGACGUUCCCAGGCUCUGCGGCCCCUCCAGUCCAGGCCUUGCUUCAGAGAAUGGGGGCUCUGCCAGUCCAGGCCUCCCCCCUAAAGUCUCAGGCCCAGCACCCGAGUCUCCCUGUCUCCCCUCACCUGAUGGUGGCUCUCCCCAGCACUCUCAGCUUCCAGGAGCCCAGAACCCUGCAGCUUCCCAGGCUUCUCCUUGCGUCCCUGUGACUCAGGCGUCCCCAGGUGCAGUCCUGCCUGACCAGAACCCCUGUCAUCUCCCCAGCCCUGGGCACCCUGCAGAGUGCGCCCCAGAAGCCCCCAGACCCAGCAGCCUUCCCAUCGAGGUCUCAGAGUGCCAUAGCCCAGAGCGGCCGUCAGCCGCCUCGCCCCAGCCCAUGAUCGAGGUGGUUGAGUUACCGGAUCUUGCUCGGACGUUUCCACCCGGGAGGGAGGAGGUGGCCCAGGUGAACACAGACCUCCGCCCCGUCAGCUUGGCUCAGCGCCGAUUCUCAGAAGGUGUGCUCCGGCCUCCUGACCAGGACCAAGAGAAGCUGGGGGGCUCGCUGGUUGCCCUGUCCCAAACCCAGGGGAGCCAGUCGGCUCUGGAUCAUCCCUUUGGGAGUGGGACAGAGUCCAACUGGAGCUUGUCUGAAUCCUUCGAAUGGACCUUUCCCACGCGGCCCUCAGGCCUAGGCGUGUGGCGGUUAGAUUCCCCACCUCCCUCCCCCAUCACUGAAGCCAGCGAGGCUGCCGAGGCGGCUGAGGCUGGCAACUGGACUGUGUCCAGCAGUGGGGAAGGAACGUCCCAGCAGGGGCCGGGGACCGGCCUAGCUCCAGGGCAGCCAGGAAGGCCCGGUUCCUGGGUGCAGGGGGAUGAUCCAGGCAUCUCCCAAACCCAGGAGGGGGGUGGGGAGUGCCAAUCUCAGUCUCCAGUUGUCCCCCUUGAGCCCCUGCUUACAACUGGGGCCCUAGCUGGGUCCUCCCUGCUGCAGGCAGAGGAGAGGUACGAGGAGCAGGAGCCCCUGGCCAGCCAGGCAUCCCCUCUGCCUCCUGCCACCAGGGAGGCUGCCCUGCCCAUCCUGGAGCCGGUCCUGGGGCAGCAGCAGCCAGCACCCCCUGACCAGCCCUGUGUCCUCUUUGCUGAUGCCCCUGACCCUGGGCAGGCAUUGCCUGCUGAGGAGGAGGCCAUGACCCUAGCCCAGGCUGAGACCACCCAACCCAGGACAGAGGCUCAAAACUCCAGUAGGGCAUCCCCCGAGUCAGUGGGCCCGGAAAGCAGCUCUCGCUGGCUGGAUGACCUCCUGGCUUCGCCGCCACCCAGUGCUGGCGGUACAAGGCGGGGUACUGGAUCCGAGCUGAAGGACACACAGGCCCCAAGUUCCUGCUCCGAGGGACUCCUUGGCUGGGCCCAGAAAGAUCUGCAGAGUGAAUUUGGGAUUGCACCAGACCCACAUUCCAGCAGUUUAACUCCAUCCAGCUGGGCACAAGGUGCUUCUCCGGACUAUGGCCUUGGGGGCGGAAGCCCAAGAGGAGACUCAGGUCUGGGAGAGGGGGACUGGGCCAGCAAGUAUGGGCAGGGAACAGGGGAAGGGAGUGCUAGGGAGUGGGCCAGCAGGGGUGGCAUUGGCCCAGAGGAGACAGAGGCCAGCAGCAGCCAACAUCAGGCUGAAGCGUCUGCCCUGGGCGGGCUCGUAGCCCAGGACUGGGUAGUUGGGAAGCCAGAUCAGCCAGGUACUCCACGGAACCUGGAGGCCGACACGCACGACUGGGAAUUCAGCAAGAGGGAUGCCCAGGGCACUUACUCCAGCCGGGACGCUGAACUCCAAGACCAGGAAUUUGGAAAGAGAGAUUCGCUGGGUACCUACAGCAGUCAAGAUGUCAGCGUUCGAGACUGGGACUUCGGGAAGAGAGAUUCUCUGGGCGCUUAUGCCAGCCAGGAUGCAGACAAGCAGGGCCAGGAAUUAGGGAAGGAGGACAGCUUUGGCGGGUACGGCAGCCAGGAUGCCAAUGAGCAGGACUGUGAGUUUGAGAAGAGAGAGUCUUCACUCAGCACAUACGGCGGCCGAGGUGCAGAGCAGCUGGACCAGGAGUUCGGGACCAGUGCUUGGAUGAGAGAUUACAGCGGUGGCGGCAGCUCCGGGACCCUCAGCACCCAGGACAGAGGUUUUGGAACUCGAGCCCUGAGCUCUGGGUUCAGCCCCGAGGAAGCUCAACAACAGGAUGAGGAAUUCGAGAAGAAGAUUCCCAGUGGUGAAGACAGCCUUGGUGAGGCCAGCAGGGAUGUGGGCCAGCCAGAACAGAGAGACCUGGGGGGCCUGUUCAGUGCCAGCACUGCCCAGUUGCAGGAUGGAGCAUCCAGGCAGAGAGACCAGGACAAAUGGCAAGGCAGGGAUGCCAGCCAGGAGGCUGGAGGAUGGCAGGAAAGACAGCAGGCAGGGGGCCAGAGUCCUAGCAGUGCUGACCCAGAGGACGCGGAGAUGGGGAAGCCAGGCUGGGCUGGUGAGUUCCGCCUUGGUGUUGCCUCCCAGCCAGAGGGGGCACUAAGCCCAGGGCAGCAGGCCUGGAGUGGGGACUUCUGUGUUGAGGACCCUGGGAGGAGCUAUCAGUUUGGUGUCAUUGGCAACAACAGAGUGAGCGGCGCUGACCUGAGUCCUUCUGGCACGAUGGGAGGUGGUCACUUUGUAUCUCCUGGGAAGACUGCAGCCGGGUCUGUGGACUGGACUGACCAGCUGGGUCUCAGGAACUUGGAAGUGUCCAGCUGUGUGGGUUCUGGGGGCUCGAGUGAGGCCCAGGAGCAUGCCAUGGGACACGUGGGCUGGUCAGACAACCUGAGUUUGAGGGACAUGGGCCUGUCCAGCCAUUUGGAAACGGGGGGCUCUGAAGAGCCCAGGGGCAUUGGAGUUGGGGAGAAGGACUGGACUUCUGAUGUUGGGGUGAGGAACAGAGAUUUGGCUGGGGCGGGGGAGGUGGGAAGCCAAAGCCAGGCCAGAGAGAGUGGUGUGGGACAGACAGACUGGUCAGGUGUGGAGGCCGGAGAAUUCCUUAAGUCAAGGGAGCGUGGGGUUGGACAGGCAGACUGGACACCUGACCUCGGGCUAAGAAACAUGGUCCCGGGCGCAGGCUGCAGCCCUGCAGAGCCCCGAGAGCUUGUGGUGGGCCAGAUGGACUGGGGCAGUGGUCUAGGCCUGGGGAGUUUGGAGGCGCCCUGUGACCUACAGCCUGGAGGCUCUCUGGAGCCACGGGGAUGUGGUGUGGGGCAGAUGGAUUGGGGCCAGGACAUGGGGCUCCGGAACGUGGAGCUCCCAGGGGCCCCAAGCGAAGCCAGGGAACAUGGGGUGGGUGAGGCCGGCCAGAGCCCAAAGCCAGGCCUCAGGAACAAUGGCAGCUUGUCCCCUGGCCUGGAGGCCAGAGACCCUUUGGAGGCCAGGGAGCUGGGGGUGGGUGAGACAAGUGGGUCCGAGACUCAGGGUGAAGACAGCUCCUUGCCUUCCUUGGAGACCCGCCCUGAAGACUCUGGAAUGGAGACAGGAGAAGCCCUCAGCUUUGGAGCCAGCCCUGGCAGGUGCCCUGUGCGUUCCUCGCCCUCUGGCUCCCAGGGCCUGCUGGAGGAGAUGCUGGCAGCCAGCAGCUCCAAGGCAGCAGCCCACAGGGAGUCGGCGGCCUCGGGCCUCAGGGGCCUGCCUGAAGAGGGAGGAGUUGCCGCAGGCGCUGACCGAGGGGAUCAUCUGGAGCCCGGCAGGGAUCCUCUGCCCUCCUGGAGGCCCCAGCCUGAUGGAGAGGCCAGCCGGACGGAAGAAGUGGAUGGCACCUGGAGCCCUGCAGGGACUGGGCGGGAUGAGCAGGGCUCAGCCCGGACCCCUCGCCGGCCCUCCCAAGGCCCUGCCCCUAGAUCCGCAAGUCAGGACUUCUCCUUCAUUGAGGACACCGAGGUCCUUGACAGUGCCAUGUAUCGGAGCCGUGCCAACCUGGGGCGCAAACGUGGGCACCGGGCCCCAGCCAUUCGGCCCGGAGGUACCCUGGGCCUGUCAGAGGCAGCCGACUCAGACGCUCGCCUGUUCCAGGACUCCACAGAGCCACAAGCAUCUCGGGUGCCAUCUUCAGAUGAGGAGGUGGUGGAGGAGCCUCAGAGCCGCCGCACACGGAUGUCCUUGGGCACCAAGGGGCUGAAAGUCAACCUCUUUCCUGGCCUGAGCCCAUCGGCCCUGAAGGCCAAGCUGAGGCCCCGGAACCGCUCAGCUGAGGAGGGGGAGCCAGUAGAGAGCAAGCCUGGCCAGAAGGAGUCCAUGGUGCAGCGCUCCAAGUCCUGCAAGGUCCCUGGACUGGGGAAGCCCCUUGCAUUACCUCCCAAGCCAGAGAAAUCCUCAGGGUCAGAAGGAUCAUCGCCCAACUGGCUACAAGCCCUGAAGCUGAAGAAGAAGAAGGUCUGAGAGGUCUGAGGUCCUUCCCAUCUGGCAGUCUCAGGCAGUGCCCGUCCCUGUGGGGUUCCUGGGCGAGGAGAUGGCUGGAGCCCCACCAUGCCCCAGGCUGCAGCCUCCGCCCCUCUCCAGCUCCGAGGAGGGUCUGGGGAGGCACAUUUAUGCACUUUGUAUACCUUCCCCACUCCCCCCACACCUUUCCUCCCAGCCUGGAUUCCGUCACUAGUGGUUGAAGGUUUUGGUCCUUCCCUCGUUCUCUUCCCUCUCUGCUUCCUCCUCCAGCCUCCCUUGGGUUUUCUUUUGAUACCAGUUUAUAGCAUUUUUUAUAAAAGUCUUUGAUUUUUGUAAUGGGUGGAGCUCUAUCCCAGCCCCACCUCAGGUCCCUUUCCCCUGCCAGGUGCCCCACAGAAACCAAUGACAUUUUGCCACAAUAAAAUUUUUUGGGAAUUGGUGCUGUCCA